AUGUCUGCGCUGUGUGCUGUGUACGUGGUCUCAGGCACGCUGUCUCUGACAUGGAGAAAAUGGGAUGAACACCUAAAGUCAUCCUUUAUACAGUCUAUGGUUAUAUCUCACAGUCUGAAUUCAUAUUUCCAAAUAAACAAGUCCUUCAUGUUGCAGCUUGUUAUUCUUCUCUCCCUCGUUAUGUAAUUCUCUCCUCCUCUCCCUCUUUGUUAUCAACGGGACAGACUGACGUCAGCACCAGCUGCACGGAGGGGGGUCUGAGCAGAUCCUGAUCCCAGACCAGCUAACGGAGGCGAGUCUGAGCGGAUCCUGAUUCCAGACCAGCUAACGGAGGCGGGUCUGAGCGGAUCCUGAUUCCAGACCCAGUGUAUGCUCCAGACCAGCUAACGGAGGGGAAACACACGGCUGAUCCAGCCGCUCGCUGAGACCUGAGGCCCGUCAGAGUCUGUGAGUCUGUCUCACGUCUGAAUGUGUGAGGAGGCAGAACGCGUUUUGCACUGACUUCAGCCUUUUAUGCAACCCUUCCUGCUCACCAGGAACCACCAGGAUCCACCAAGAACCACCAGGAUCCACCAUGUCCGACUCUGCUGAAACCUCUUCAACAGACAACCACGGAGACUCUGGGCUACACGGGUCUUGGGUGGAGUUAGAGAUGAACAGAGCUGCGGCUGGUGGUCCAGCCCAUUCAUCCCCCACAGACGGCACAACCUCGGCCCUGUUGCCCCUCCCUCAGGUGGAGGAAGAGGAAGCCAUAGUGGGGGGGCUGGAGCAUGUCCCCUCUUCGUCCUCCAUCCACAAUGGAGACAUGGAGAAGAUUCUGCUGGAUGCCCAGCACGAGUCGAGCCGCAGCAACUCCUCUUGCGACAGCCCUCCACGGCCUCACAGCCCCCAGGAUGACGGACAGAUCAUCUUUGACGUGGACCUGAGCAGCAGAAGAGACAGCCAAUCAGAAGAGGAUGCCUUAGACAAGGAGAGGGAUAUGGACAUCCUGAUGAAGGACGCAGACUGGGUUGCUGACUGGUCUAGUCGACCGGAAAACAUUCCCCCCAAGGAGUUUCAUUUCCGUCACCCUCGGCGCUCAGUAACACUCAGCAUGAGGAAGACCGGAGCGAUGAAGAAAGGAGGCAUCUUCUCUGCUGAGUUCCUCAAAGUCUUCAUCCCCUCGCUGCUACUAUCACACAUCCUCGCCCUGGGGCUGGGUGUCUACAUUGGAAAGAGGUUGACCACGCCCCCUGCUAGCUCUUUCUGAACCUGAAACUGAAGAAAAGUGCCUGAGAAGUGGCCAAGAGUCGUCUGAGAAAGUUUUUACUCUUACAAGAAGAACGCCGUCUCUCCUCCCUCUACCCCGCCUGCCUCCUGUUCCCCUCCUGAGAUAUGACAUGUUCUCAGGAGAAAAGCAUCUACCCACCCUCCCUCCCUCCCCUCCUUCCCCACCCUUUUCUUCUUGAUCUCUGUUCUCUGACUGUCUGUAGAUAUUCCCCCUCUCCUCCCCUGUAUCUUUCACUCAUUUUUAAAAAGCUUUUCAAAGAAACAAUAAGGUCAUAUUUCCCGUUCCCUCAGAGAUUGGGUUCAAACGUUUAUCAGUGGUGAGUUUUUCAGGCAAAGUCACAGCAUCAUACCAAACUCUUCUUCCCUUCUACACAUGCUGUCCCAGUUCUCUUCUCAUGAUGUGACAACAAGGGGGGACUGCCCAGUUUUAGAACUGACCACAGAUUGUGCCACCUUAAUGAGUAGCCCAACACCCAAUCUCCAAAAGGGUUUGACUGAGUUCAGAGUGGGCUACAUUAACUGAAAAUCAUGCCUUUUUGAAAAUACCCGUUUUGUUAAUUUUCUUCUGCUUAUAUUGUUUUUUUUAUUUAUUUUCAAACAGUGGUGGUUUAUUGAGAAGUUGUAAUGAUGGAAAAAGUUACCACAGUGGCCAUCCAGAACCACAAGCACUCAUAAGUAACUCUGGGGGGGUCUGCCCAAGCAGAGAUUCCUAAUCCUGUGACACGUUUUCACCUUUUGAAAACUACGAUUAUAAACCGAUUCAUGAACUGGAAACAGGAGUGUUGGUGUGAGUUGUGUACACAGGCAGUGUGUCCCUCUCAGUGUGUACACCAGCAGUAUUUUGUGGUUUGGUUUUGGGUAACGGCGCUGUAUGGUCUGAAAAGGUUGAGUCGUCUGUCCAGUCCAGUGUCUGUGUCAUCUUUUCAGUGAGCCACCUGGUUUGACUGCAACAUAUCAAAGAGACUCAUCAGUUCCCACUUCUCUUAACUCAAGAUUGGGCUGGAUAUAACCUGGUUUUCUACUGAGUAUUCCAUUUUUUGUAAAUUUAAAGAAAACUGAACCAAAAAAGCUUAAAAGAGAUAGAAGACUGAAGAUUUUAAUUUAAAAGAACCUUCUUUGUAUUGAUGUUUAUAAUAAGAGUGGAUGGGUGAUUUAAUUUUAAAAGUGCCAUGAAGAAUUCAAAUCAAAAUUAAAUUUGAAUUAAAUCUUUCUUUCAGGAUAUUAUUUGGACUGCUAGGAUUGUAUUGUCAUGAAAAAAUUGUCCAGUGUUAGCCAGCCCUUCUUUCUAACACUCCCUACUAAAGGUCUACAAAACAACCGCGUUAAGUUCACCAAGCUGCAAAUGAAGGGAACUGAUUUCUUGAGUGUACACAAGCAGGUGAUCCUCACUCUGACUUCUGCUCAAAUGACACUGCAGAUGUGUAGCAACUUGUGAACGAUGGACAGGAGAUGUGUUUUUACCUGAAAGGUUCUACUUCACGAGGAAUAGGUACUUGGCUAAUGUGUUCAAUAAGGUCAUUAGCUGGUGGAAAGCUUGUUGUAAGAUAUUAGCUUCAGAGCAGUAUCUCUGAGGUUGGGCUGAUUAGUUUGGACUGAAAUGGCGAUACCAGGGUCAAAUAAUAUUUUUUUAUAUUAUUUUACAAGAUGUUCAAAUCCUAUCAAAUGUGUGUUCCCCAAAAGAUGUGUUUUUAAUUUUGCUGGACACACAAGGAUGUUUUUGGGUGACUUAAGUUUCCCUAAGCAGAGGCAACUGAUCACUGCAUUUUAGUAAUUCAGGAGAAAAUGAGGUCUUGACUUCUCUGUUGACAGAAGUGCAGGUUUUUUACAUCAUGGGCGUAUUUUAAAGGUGAUAUAGUCUGGAAGGCCAUAGAUGCUUUGAAAACAUAUGAAAUUAUUGUAUGGUUUAAAUGAUAAAAUUAAUCUUCAUCACAACCUAAAACAUAUUUCCUGCUGUUAACAGCUACAUUAGUAAAAUUCUAAAUCCCCCUCUAGAAGUACUAAACAUUUGAUUCAGCGUAUCCUCUCAAACUUUCUCUUUAUAGGCUCAGGAGCGAUGAGAAGUGAUUGUAGUGUAGCCUCAGCUGCAACCACAGAGGUACUGCUCUGUUGUUUUGUGCCACAUACACGUCUCUACCUGUCUUUGAACAUGCAGCAUUUGACAGUGAUGUUUUGGACUGUUCUUUCAUGUUUGGUUUGUUUUAAGUUGUCUUGUGUGUUUUUUCCUGAUGUUGCAAAAAGAUUGUGAACGCACAGAGUGGAAGUCGAGUUUGACACUGAGGGUGUUUCAUAGUGUUAAAAGUACAACCCCCUAUUGAUGAUGGCAGGGCCUGUGAAUAGGAAAGGAAGUUAAUGACAGAGAUUUCCUUCAGACUGAGACAGUCCAACAGUAGUUAUUGUAAUUAUACAUUUGCUUUGAUUUUUCUUUUUCCCUCUACAUUGGAAAAGUCGAUGAACAUUUUGUCAUUAAAGAUUACCUGAAUGAAGCUA